AUGUCUCUAGUGGAUGUUGUAACAACCAAAGCUUUUAUACACAUUUUCAUCCACAGAGAGUUUCAUCCACGGAGAGUUUCAUCCACGGAGAGUUUCAUCCACGGAGAGUUUCAUCCACAGAGAGUUUCAUCCACAGAGAGUUUCAUCCACAGAGAGUUUCAUCCACGGAGAGUUUCAUCCACGGAGAGUUUCAUCCACGGAGAGUUUCAUCCACAGAGAGUGGAAGACGACUGGGAGCAGAAAUAUAAUUUUUCUAAACUAUUUUAAUCUGAAUAAUCUGACAAUAUGAAAUAGACCUUGAAUGCUGUUGUGCUGAGUAUGGGUGAUGUCCAGCGUACGUUAAAUGAUUGGUGUCGGUAUGUGUCAAUAGUUCAAAUGUAACAAAGUAUUCUGGGUAGUCCUGAUCCACCUGGUUGGUUGUGUGCUAUGCAUUACUCAAUCAACAGGUUUUUUUUCUGUGUGUGUGUGUGUGUGUGUGUGUGUGUGUGUGUGUGUGUUCUGUCAUCACAGAGUAUUUCUGUGUGUGUGUGUGUGUUGAUACCUGUCAGGAUUUCCUUCCUCCCACUCUCCUCUCGUUUAUUUCCACUCCUCUCUUUCUAUUUCGGAAAGGUUUCUGUUUUCCCAGGAAGACAGCAGGAACAAACAGAGGAUAAAUAUACCUGGCUAGGAGGACAGACUUUCCAGACCGGUUGACAUAAUAUCUAAUCUAAUGACACAAUAAUUGUGAUUAUCAAACAUGUCACGUGUCUAAAUAAUGACAGGUUUUAUGGUUAUUUUGAAUGCCACAGCACAUUUUAUUGUAUUUUUUAUAUUUCUAUUCUAUAAAAGAGCUUAUUUUUUAUAAACUAAUAACAAACGUGUCAAUAAUAAGAUGUUUAAUUUCUGUCCGUCUCCAGACUUGUGGAUAUGUAUCUCUGUGGUGUAACAACGUGUGAUGAGUAAUGAGUUGGUUGAGUAAACAGAAGGUCCACAAAGCGUAUCUGGUGUCCACAGCCUUUUUCGUCUCCGUCUUUUUUUUAAAUGACUGUCAGCUAUAAAUGGCAGAGAGGGGUGUUUGAGGACUGAUGUAGCCCAGUGUCGUGUCGUCAGGACAGAGACAGGAGAAUGAUCAGACCUACAGAGACAACAUUCAGCUUAGUGCUACUGCUAGUCCUACUGCUGUACUGCUCCCUGUCUCACAGUCUCAUACAGUUCAACACUGUGACUGGAAGGAUACAUGAUGACCAACAGGAGACGACUUCCUGGCGGUUCAGGAACCUAUCAUCUGUUCCUGAGGGGCUGGACGUGAGGCUGAGGGAGCUGGAUCUGUCCAACAAUGUUAUAAGACAUAUAAACAGCCAGAGUCUGGGUCUUCCAUCCCUACUGAGUCUGGACCUCAGCUACAACCAGCUAGAGAUCAUAUCUGAAGGGGCUUUCAGAGAUGUGGCCCAGCUUCAAGAGCUGAACUUGGCCAGGAAUGCAUUGAGCCACAAUGUGGACAGUAACAGCCGAGCUCUUGGGUCUCUCCGCAGACUGAGGAGGUUGGAUAUCUCUAUGAACGGUCUGGAUGAUGACGCGGCGGAACUUUACCUUCGUGACAAAUCAAUUCUUGAACGCCUAGAUCUCACGGGCAACGGUUUGACGCGACUCACGCCCAAGCUGUUUGCAGAGAGCCUGAGCGUGACGAGCGUUCGCAUCGAGAACAAUCUGAUCACGGCAAUAGAGGAGGGAACGUUUGAACCGUUGAAGGAACUCAAGAUCUUAAAUUUAGCCAGAAAUAAUCUAGUCUACAUCUGUGAUUUUAAACUCCAUCAGGUGAAACUCUUGAAUCUUAGCAGGAAUUCCAUAGAGUUCUUUGUCACCCGUGAGGACGGUCAUCCAUACGAGCUGGAGAUCUUAGAUCUGAGCUUCAACAACCUCCUCUAUUUCCCCAUGGUCCCCAAAACCAACCGGUUGAGAUACCUCCACCUACAGAGCAACAUGAUGGGGACCUUAGAGACAGACACCCUGAUAUCAGAGGCAGACUCUCUGUACAGAGAACUAACAAGUGAAGAUGAGGUAAAUGAUGCUGCAGCCAACAGCAACAUAUACUCUAACUGGAGACUGAUGCCGUUAGUUUACAUGGACCUCAGUAGUAACCACUUCAGGUCUUUACCUGUGGAGACUCUGAGCCAUCUGACGUCUUUGGUGACGCUGAACCUCAGCAAGAACUGUCUACAGGACAUCAGCUAUAGCACAACGAAGGGCGGCAGCGGCCAUGUUGGAGGCUACCACCGACCUUCGUUGACCUUUCCGUCCCUACGCUACUUGGACCUGCAGAACAACGGUCUUCGACAACUCUCCACCUUCUUCCUGGAAGCCCUACCAAACAUAGAGACGUUAAACCUGAAGGAGAACUCUGUGAGGCCGUGUGAUCCGAAGGACCAACUGGGACCAUCUGAGACAACGAGAGUUAGUCUUAAUAGCAUGUCCACCUGUGUUUCCUUCUGGAAUAUCAAAACUCUGAGAAGUCUAGAUCUCCAAGACAACGGCAUCAAAACACUCCAUCAGAACACAUUUGAAAGAACCCCUUUGGUUUCUCUCAACCUGGCCAGCAAUGUAGAUAUAAUCUUGGCUAUUGGCGCUCUCGAAGGGUUGCAGAGUAGUCUCCAGUCUCUGAGCAUCAGUGGGAACAACAUGACAACCUCUGCCUUGUCUCUGCCUUGUCUGAAAGCGUUGAGACGACUCAACAUGUCCAACAACAACGUGGACGUUGUCCCGAGCAUCAUCAGCUGUUCUCCUUUGACCCAACUUGACCUGAGAAAUAACGGCCUAACGUCUAUGAAUGAAUCUUUGGUUGAUCGUUUGUCUCUAUAUCUUGAUGUGUUGUAUGUCAGUGGCAACUCGUUCAACUGCUGUGACACCAAAUGGCUCAAAGCCCUAAACAGAGAGAAAGUGAAGAUACCGGACCUUGACCGUGCUGUGUGCCUCAGGGUCAAUGGUACUCUGUUGACUGGCCUUCUGCCUAACCAUUCACUGCACUGUUCAUUGGAACUUAGCCCAAAGAUAACAGAACCAAACCUUGGGCAAAUAAUAAUCAUCAUUCUGUUUGUGUCGAUAGUAUUGAUAACAUUAGUUGUAUUUGUGAAGAAGGUUUGUUGCAACACGGGGUCAUUCAUUGUGUAAUGAUUGUGCAUUUAAAACCAAGAUCUGUGUUCCAAUACCCACACUAACAUACUGUAUACUACAUACUUAAUGAGUGUAUACUACAUACUAUUACUUCAUUUUAGUAUACUGUAUACUACAUACUUAAUGAGUGUAUACUACAUACUAUUACUUCAUUUUAGUAUAAUGUAUACUACAUACUUAAUGAGUAUAUACUAUAUACUAUUAGUUCAUUUUAGUAUAAUGUAUACUACAUACUUAAUGAGUAUAUACUACAUACUAUUAGUUUAUUUUAGUAUACCGAGCGUAGUAGCGCAUCGCCUGUCUACCGGAAGGUGAUGCUGUUGCUAUGCAACCUCUUGCUACGGUAACAUAUUACUAGUUCGACCUACCGGAGAGGGACUACCGAAGAGUACCGGAGAGUGACUACCGGAGAGGGACUACCGGAGAGUGACUACCGAAGAGUACCGGAGAGGGACUACCGGAGAGGGACUACCGAAGAGUACCGGAGAGUGACUACCAGAGAGUGACUACCGGAGAGAAGAGUGAAUACCGGAGAGGGACUACCAGAGAGUGACUACCGGAGAGAAGAGUGAAUACCGGAGAGGGACUACCGGAGAGGGACUACCGGAGAGUGCGCUCUAGGCGUAAAUUCAGAGCGCACACUGGACGCUCUGUCCGAGGAGUAGGCUUGCUGGUUAACGUUGGCUAGCUACUUCCAGAAACAAAUGAGAGAGCACCUCACUCUGACCAUUUUACUCCCCCUAGCAGAGCUGUUUUCAUGUUAUCCAGAGCGUCGGUGACUGUAACUGUUCGGACGGCAACAAUUUAAUUAUGCUUUUUUUGCCGACGUUGAUCAGUUAUUCUGCGCUCUGGCACACCCUGGGUGUGUUCGUAAAUUCACUCUGGUAUGCCAUUGUGUUGUCAGAUUGUCUGUUCUAAAUUUAACAAAUUGACAGUCAAAAUAACAUGUAACGUAACUUAUUUGAAAAGUCAUUACUUUAUUAAAUUGCUCAACAUUUCCGCUCUCUUAUGACAUUCUGAAGAAUUACAUUAUGGGACCUAAAAGCACGGAAAUAGUGUCCACUGCUUGUAUACUAUGACCAAUCAGCAUACAACAUACUCAAAUUACAUCACCAAUAGUAUGGCUAGUGCGCUUGGAUGAGUAUUCGAACACAGCUGUUUUGUUGUUGGAAGUUAUUAGCAGCUAUUCAGCUAUUAGGUUUAGUCCAGGUUAUAACACCAUUAGACUAUUAGGUUUAGUCCAGGUUAUAACACCAUUAGACUAUUAGGUUGACUCCAGGUUAUAACACCAUUAGACUAUUAGGUUGACUCCAGGUUAUAACACCAUUAGACUAUUAGGUUGACUCCAGGUUAUAACACCAUUAGACUAUUAGGUUGACUCCAGGUUAUAACACCAAUGCAUUAGACUAAUGCCCACAUUUCAGAGGUUGUUGUGACUAAAUAUGCCAUGCUAACAUGUGUCCACUGAUAGCCUGGGGAUACAUUCUGAUCCAUAGACACCAUACUUCCUGAAUGUCAGUCUUUCAACCACACGCUAAGUCAU